AUGGCUGUCGCUCUUCCAAGGCGAUUUUACUCGCUACUCUGGGUCGCAGUCCUCCUUGCGCUCGUUGUAUUCUUCAUCUUCCUCCGCGAAGACACCUGGUCUUCAAUUCCUCGACCUCCCAGCGGCUGGAAGAUUCCUUUCACCACAGACGAUGGCGUUCUCUCAUCAUGGAUGGGCGGUAGCAAGAAGCAGGGUAAGGACCCCAAGGAGCCUCUGCGCAUCAUGCUCGUAGAGUCCUCAGGCACACACGACGAGGUCGCCGCUGCUCUCAUGCACGCUUUCGGAAACCAGGAGGGCUCCUCGCUCGACGUCUACUUCGCCAAUCAGCGCUUCAACAUGCAGGGCAUCAUGGCCAACUUCACCCUCGCUGCCAACGUCACCAUCAACAAAUGGGACAAGUUCGCCAACGACGUCACCGAGAACCCCCCGCAUAUCCUCGUCUCUACCACCUGCGAGUUCGAUCUCGACCGUGGCACCGAUCCUAUCGUCAACCUCCUCAAGACCGCAAACACCCAUCUCUUCUGCACAAUCCACCACGCUGAUCGAUGGGCCCAGGGCAAGUACGUCCAGGCUGUCCGCAGCUGGGCAGAGCACGAGCGCGUUGACUUUGUUGGUCUGAGUCAGCACACCGUUGACUUCUUCCUCAACGACACCAUUCCCAAGUGGCAUACGGCUGCUAACCUUACUACUCGCGUCAUUCCCCCGGUGUUCCCCGUUGACAUUCCCGAUCCUGAUCUCGAGCCUGGCAUUUCUCUGUCUCUUCAGGGCGAUUACUCUGACGGCCGACGUGACUACAACGGUGUCUUCAACCAUCUCGGCAGCGUCAUCCGAAAAGCCAAAGAGGAGUCCGAAGGUCACACACCUCAGAAUGUCAGCCUUCAUCUCGUCGGACACGGCACUCAUCCCGAGGUUCCCGAUCACGUCAAGGACCACGUCUUCUUCGACGAGGGUCUUUCCUACCCCGAUUUCUACACAUUAAUGUCCAAGUCUUUCGCUGUUCUUCCGGCGUUUGCCUCUGAGACAUACUUCGACCGCAAGGCCUCUUCAACCAUUCCCGCAGCUUUGAUCGCAGGAGCCCCUAUCGUUGCGACAGAGGAGCUGCUCAAGGCUUACUCUUACCUACCCCGGGAGGCUACCUGGGUUGCCCGACCAGGCGAGGGCGAGAUGGACGUUAUUGAGCGAGUGAUUGAUGACCGAGACGGUUUCCUUAAGCGAAGGCAGGCCGUGAGGGAUUUUACCAAGUCGCUAUUGGAACAGAACCAGGCCAACACCAAGGCCUGGAUCAACGAGGCUUUUGAAAAGUAUAACCGCAACUAA